AUGAAACAAAUUUAGAUAAAUUUCUCUGAUCUCAAUGAUGAUGCCAAGAAAAAGUACAUUAAAUUUUUUGCAGAAAAUCAUAUAAGUGUAGAAAACCAACCAUUAAAGAAAUCUUCAAUGCCCCAAUAACAGCGUGCUAGAUAAUUUAGUACAUUGAGUGAUAUUGCAAAUAGCAAGGCUUUCACUCCUGCGAAGUCGCAGAAAUAGGUUUCUCAGCACAUUAAGACGGAUCAUUCAGUUGGAGCCAAAUUCAGUGAUUUGGAAGAGACAUACCCAAAAAUAAUGAACAAAAUAUCAAAUAAGGAUCUAUUAUCAAGGCCUUUGAAAUUAAGUUUCAAUGAACUCAGUCUCCUGAUAGAAGAAAUAUAUUAAAAGAAGUUCAUUGAAGAUUCUAAUCAAAUUGCCAAGAAUUAGAAAGUUUAAGAAUUAGCUUUUGUUGAUUAUGUCUACGAAUUCCUAUUAAAUAAAUUUAAGCAUUCUAAAAACCAAGUAAGAGUAGACUUAUUUUAGUAAAUAAUCAAUUUCUUGGCAUCUGUUGAUUUGCAUGCCUUAAAAAGGAAGGAUGUGAAUAUUUUCUAGUAAUUUUUGAAAUUCAAUAAACAAGAAGUAUUGACAUUUUACUUGUUUACAAGGGCGGUUAUUUAGAAGGAAUUGAAAUUAUCAUUCUAUCAUCCACUCAGAAAGCAAGGGAUAGAUAGCAAUCAAUUGCAAUUAAAUUAAAAAUAAGUUCAAUCAAUUUCGUUACUUUUAUAUGGGUCAUCGGAUAAAUAUUAGGAAUUUAAGAAAUACAUUCCUGCCAUUGGUAGUAUAUCCGUAAGUGAAUUUUCGUUUGCAGCAAUCUUGAUUUACGAAGCCCAAAACUAAACAAUUAAGCAAAGACCAUUUCAACAAUAACCAAGAUCAUUAUCACCUCUUCAAUUCGCCAGUUAUACUGAUACCUUCGAAUAGAGACAACCUGAUUCUCCUUUGUUUAUGCAAUCAGAAACCACUGUAGAGAAUAAUAAAUAGUAAAAUGAAACAUUCUUCUCUUCUGUUGUUGUUUAGAGUGUUCAUAGUCAAAAGAAACCACGAUGGAAAGUGCAAAUAAAGUUUCAUCGAAUGCCAAGUGCUGUUAACAAUGUGUAAAAACUAAUUAAUGAGAAAUUGGAAACAAAAUUAUCUGAUUUUAUUGAAGAAAUGUUAUCAGAAAUGGAAGAAUUAACAGAUGAUUAAAAAAAAUAAUGUGUAAGUGGCAUAGAGGAAAGAAUCGUUGAUACAGUGGCUAUUCUUUUGGAGGCGAUCUAUAAAUUCGAUAAGUUGUUGUGGUUCAAGAAAUUGAAUAAAUAGCCAGAUGAAGUUGGAUUGGAGUAUAUAGAGAAUUUGCAAAAGCUCUAUCGAUCCUUAGUUAAGGCAAAACAGCCCUUGGAUGAUCAAUUGGAACAGCUUUGUCAACAAAUGAUGCAAACUCCAGAUUUGGCGAAAUAAAUAGGAAAUGAAUUAUUGCAAUACUUCUAUAAUUGUGAAUGA